UAAGGAUCGACCCAUCCAGAUUCGACUCAAGGUCUUUAUAGCUUUAUAUUUGUUCCUGAAUUGAAAUCGCAUCCGCCCGAGACAUUUCUCCAGGCAAAUAACCUUGCGUGCCCAAAAUUCCCAAGUUCCCAAGGGCGGAAGGAUGUCAAACGAGACCUACAACUGGCCGGUGGCAUUUCAGGACGAGCAGUCGUACGAAGCCAAUCGUGUUCACAUCGCUCAGAUGCAGGCGGCGCUCCAUCAGGCUACUUUGGCCAAUGAGGCUGGCAAGCAACACUAUGAUCAGGUACAGCGGGAACUCAUGCGUAAGGUGCAAGAGGGGGAAGAGGCGCAUCCGGGAGGCGAGUGCUCACCUCCCUCAGCCAGUCAAUUGUACUCAGCCCACUCCAGAGCUGCACCGCAACUCACAUUGCAUCCACAUCAAUCACCCGCAGCUGAGAAAAGAGUAAAUCAUGCGUCGGGGAGUGCGAAAGCCCAGUCAUCCCCACGAAUAGAGGAAGUUCUCAGUCCAGGAUUACAGAAUAACUACACCUCCAAUCACUACCAGCCGUCCGUUCAGGCAUCGCAAGCAAUGUUGACUGCCCAGCCCGCCUAUCCGGCAUUUCCCCCAGCCCAGGUGCCAGCAUCCACAGUCCGAGCCUAUCACCAUUACUACGCGUCGAAUCCACACGUACCAUAUCAAACCUCGUCAUUUACUACACAUUCACAACCACAAGUCCCCCCGCCAGCUCGUCAUCCCGUCCCUGCUGCACCUCCAGUCGCUUCGACCUCGCGGCAAUCUGCCCAGCCACAGCAGGACCCCAUCUCCCACCCACCCCCACCCUUACCGCCUCAGACUGUCAAUCCGUUGGACACGAUCUCGCCAGCUGCAGCCCGCCAGAAUCCGAAUGAUAUUGCUAGCGGAUCGCAGACCCGGCCGUCGAUUCCACCACCACAAACGACUGCGCGAACCCAGCAGCCAUCACACGCGUCGCUUCCUCAGCAGUCGAGUACGUCUCACCCUGGUGUGGAUGGUGCAAUGGGGAGCUCACGUCCCUCUGCGCCGGCCGCAGCACCGAUACCUCAAGCAGUCCCAAAAAAUUCACCUGCAGGUUUGGGCGUCAGUGGUGGUGCUUCACGGCCUGUACCAAAUACUGCGAGACCCUCUGUACCUGCAAAUGCAGUCGCUGGCAGCUCCACGCCAGUUCACAAGUCUUCAAGCACAGUUGAACCUCGCCCUCCUGCUGCGGCCCUCGCCUCGGCCGCUGUGGCGCAAUCGCAGAUCCCAUCUGCCUCCCAGCCAUCGAGUUCCCAUACAUCCCUCCCUAAACCACGACCACCCUCCCUUGCAAAUCUACCCAUCCCCCAACUAGAUCCCUUGCCAGUUUUUCUUGCUAUGGUGAAUCACUGGCAGAAAGCCUCCCCACCCGAAGCUUUCAUGGAUAUCCCUCAUGCGAAAAUCCGGAUUAUCAAACGUCCAGGGGCUCAAAUAUUCUUUUGGCAGUUGCAACCCGGGUCAUCCGAGUUCAUUCAGCUCAGUGCGGCAGAGGCAUUGGCGAGAAUGAAUAUGCAGCGCUCGGUCUCGAUAUUCGUCUCGCCGCAGGGCUUUCCCGUGAUAUUGCCGACGCCGCUGUCGGCUGAGAUGACCAAAACGCAUCCGCAUUUCGCAGGGACUAUCGCCGCAAAUGCGCCGAACGCAGUCUACCCUGCGCCUGGCCAGGCGUCCACCAAUCUCGUGCCGCCGCACGGGCGGUCGCCACGGCAUGUCGAUAAGCGCUUUCUAGCGCAAGACAUACUGCGGGCUUUGGGAAAGGAACAGCGAUAUCGAGCCGCCGGUGUGGAGACCCAGACACUUGACGCGAAAGCGGCGGCGCCGAAGAUCGCUGCAAUACCAGCUGCGCCGCGACCUAUGCCCAUUGAAUCUGAGCCUGUCCAUGUUAUGCCAAUACCUUCCGCCCCGGCAAGACCCUUUACUGCGGACCCUAUUGCGCCUCUCACACCGGCAGCAGCAGCACCACCAACAACUCUGGUACCAUCAUCGGCACCACCCGCUGUAACUCUCACUCCGCAGAUCAUGGACUGUGUACUGGUUCCACCCGGCCCAUACGCGGAACUCGUUCGGCGUGACAUCCGUCGCAUGCGUGCUGCAGCGUCUCCGCGAGAUGAGUCAGACGUGGACAUGCGAGAUGUGGAUGAGCUGGUGGUCGAUUUCAAUGACCUGAAGCGGCGGCGGGUCGUACAGCAACACGACGAGUUAGUAUUGAAUGUCAUCGGGUUCUAUCUUCUUUAUAACAUGAGCCUGUCAGAUGAGGGAGAAGCGGCCGCCAUGCUCGAAGCUUGUUCCAGAGGGAGAAUGGUUCGGUGUCGGUGGAUCGCUUGCGACGCUAUGCUCAACUGUCUCGAGAACGCAGUCGCUCAUCUCUACGAGCAUGCACAAGAAAAUCCGCUCGAACCAUCCUGUGCUUGGAACUUUUGCGGCCAACGAUUCUCGGACAACAUCCAUUUGGCUCUGCAUGUGGAAAGACACGUCCUAGACAACAUUCCCUGUCCUUACCGAGGCUGCCAACGCAUCUUGCGCAGUCCGGCUGAACUGAUGAUACACAACACCACCCAUACCAAUAGCCAGUUGCUACCUAGCACUCGACCCGUCGCUCCCCAAUAUCCCCCGGAUCUGCCGCCAGUCCCGAAGAGCGUGCCGGCUUGGGCCCAGUUCCAGCCAGGUCUGACUCAGCCGGUGAUCAGCCGGGAUUGGCACAAAACGCUCGGUUCCCGUGUCCUGCAGAACAUCUUCGGGCCUGUUUCGGAGUCGCGUCUUCGCCGAUAUAACGCCGCCGUGCCGCUCAGCGGGGUCAAGGAAAUGUGCCCGGACUACGAGUUUCUGGAAUCGUCUUCGCGCCACUACUCGUUCUUGCCGUCUCAGCCUGCGAGGGUGCGCGAAAUGGCUGCGCUGGAGACGAAGGAGGUCCAGGACAGGAUUGUGAGAGGCGACUUUGUGCUGUGGCCACAGCCUAAGUUGGAGCCGGUCGAUUGAUAAGCCCGAUUUGAUCUGAUCUUAUAUGCUUUCAGCUUGCUGUAUACGUAGACGCAUUUGCGAUGCCACAUCUAUCAAGGCCUUGUAUCCGAGCAAUUAUUGGCAGUAGCAAUCUAGAUGUAGCCUAACGUUUUGUUUGGUUGUCACAUUUGAAUCACCACAAUCCACAUUGACGGCUGGU